AUGCGUCCACCAACAGAAAUUUUAGAUAAUUUUUAUUUGUUAGCUGAGUAUGAUUCGGAGAAAAGAAUUGAAGCUAUUGAUAGUAUAAUUAAUCAUUCUGAAAUUCUAAAACAUAAAAAGUAUGUUGUUGAAAGAUGUAUUGAGGGAUUAACAAGUUCUCGUGCUUGUGUACGUAUAGGAUAUAGUGGUUUAUUAACAGAAAUGUUAAAAAAAUAUUCAAAUGACUAUGCAUUAUUUUCAUUGGAGCAAAUAAUUGUUGAGAAAAUUGAUAGUCAACACAAUUGUGUUACCAUUCAUUCUCUUGACGUUGCUAAAGUUUUAUUGUACAGUGCUUUGGUUAAAUGUGGAAAAUAUUCAGAUGGUGAUAAUAUUAAACAUAUUAUUGAAAAAUUGAUGGAGAUUGUUCAAAGGUCACCUUUGUUAAAAGUUUAUGUUUAUGAAGUUAUUGCUGGAAUAGUAACAAAUAUGAAUAGUGAUCAAUUUUCAAAAAAUUAUUGGAAUAUGUUAAAAGGUGAUGGUAUUACUAUUGAAGUUAUAUGGUUAUUGUCUAGACUUCCUACAGCUCAUAGAAAAAUUUUAUCCAAAAAUUGCAAUUAUAUUGGUAAUAAAGGAGAAUUUAAAUUUAGUGAAAAACAUUAUGUAGAGUUAAUAAAUGCAUUAAGAGAUUGCGAUCUUGCUUGGAGAGUCAAAUUCAUUGAUAUUUUGACAAGAAUACCAAAGGUGUAUGAAAAUGUUAUUGAACCUUUUGCUAAUACAGGAAAAGAAGAUUAUUUGAAAAAAUUAGAUAGAUAUUCAAUGUGUAUACCAAUUGCUUUGAAACAUGAAAAUAUUCCUAUUUCAAAAAUUUUUAGUGAAUCUUUUAUUUCAGUUGUUUUUAAUUUAUGUAAAUUUAGUGGAGUUACAAAAAGACUUGUUACACCUAUUGUUCAUGAUUUAAUUAAACAAAUUUAUGAUAACAUUGAAGCUAGAAAUUGUAAUACUUCUGAACUUAUUGAAAUAAUCAAAAUGUGUCGAAAAAUAUCAAAAGGAAAUUUUGAUUCUAUGAUUGGUCAGGGUAAUUUCAAUUUUGAAGAAUCUUUACUUAAAAAGUUACCUUUUGACAAUCUUAUUGAAAUGUAUAAGGAAGAUUCAAGUUUGUUAAAAAAAAUAUCUCAUUCUAUAAUAAAUUCAAAUGACAAAAAUGUAAUAAAAAAACUUGUAACAUUUUUGAUUGAAAAUAAGGAUAACAUAGAUAACAAAGUUUUGGAAAAUAUUGUAGCAGAUAUUAUUAGUUCAUUUUUUGCUAUAAAAAAACAAGACAAUCAAAUUUCAAAAGUAGAAAUUAAGGAUGAUAUGAAAGAUAUUGUUAAAGAAUUUUAUAAACUUAUUUCUUCUGAUAAGAUUAAAUCUCCAAAUGAAAGUUUUGUCAUUACAGUUAAACUUCUAUUAAUCAUUCUUAGUUUUUCGUCAAAUAUUGAUGAAAAAGAAAGUCUUUCAAAAAUUAUUAGUGAACUAAGACAUCUUGAAGGAACAGCUUUUGAUUCAGAACAACUUUUAGAUAUCAUACUUGCUUUGUUAUCUAGAGAAUCAAAAGUGUUUAAAAAUAUUGUAUACUACUUUUUUACUAAUAUGGCUGGAGAUUUUAAUGAAGCUGAAUUUGAAUUUUUAAUUAGCACUAUUGGUCAAAAAAAUAGUAAUCUUCUAGGUAAUGCUAAUAAUGAAGAAAUGGAAGAUAUAGAAGAUGAGGAAGAAGAAGAUGAUGAAAAGGAAGAUGAUUGUUCUGAUAUUGAAGAAGAAAAUUUAUCUGAUGAGGAAGAAAGUGGCGAUGAAGAAGUAGACCCUAAUUUAAAAAGUGCUCUUGAAGUUGCUUUAGGAAAGGCUUUAUCAAAUGAAAAUGUUGAUGAUGAGAUGGAAUUAGAUGAUGAUGCAAUGCUUGAACUAGAUAAAGCUAUUUCUGCAGUUUUUAAGCAACAUAUAACAUCUAGAAAAGAAAUAAAGAAACAACUUAAUAGACAAAGUGUUGUUUUUAAAGGAAGAGUUAUCCAGCUUUUAGAAAUAUUGACUUCAACUUGUCUUUCUAAUGACAAACAUGUUGUACUUAUAAAUACAUUAAAUUCUUUUGUUGCUUCUGUUCAAAGUCUUUCAUCAGAAGAAAGUAGUAUUGAGUUGGUUACUAUUUUGGAGAAAAUUAUAGAUAGAAUAAUUGAAAAUUGUAAAAAAUUAACCAUUUCAAAUGAUAUAAUUGUUGAAGUGCGUCAAGAACUUUUUUCCUUUGCUUCAAAUAUACACUCUGUUCAAGGAAAAAGAGUUUGUGAUAAGGUUUCAAAUUUUUAUAUUAAUUUGGCACGUAAUAUUGGAGAAGAUAAUUCUUCAAAUGAAAUUGUUGAACAAGUUAAACAAUGUUUUGAAAAUAAAGAGAAACCAGAUACUCUUAUUAUUCCAUUAGCUCCAAUUAAAAAACAUCCGGGAAAUUAUACAUCAACGGUUGUUGAAUUAUUGAAAAUUGUAGGAGAAAAGUUUAAUUCUUCAACUACAUUUAUUACUUAUAUUAUUCUUGAUGCUGCAGUUUGUGUUAUCAGAAAAGAUUUGAUAAAUAAAACAGAUGAUAAAAAAAUGACCCAAGAUUUUCAAAAAAUUGCAAAAGUUUUUGAACCAAUAUAUGAGAAAUAUUGCAGCUUAGAGGAAGAAAAUAAAAAAUUAAGAAGAUCCAAGUUACACGAUAUUAUCAAUAGAUUCCACAAAAAUUUGAAUAGAUAUGGAUUAUAUGAUUAA